UGUACAUUGUGUAUCACCUAUCCCUGGCUAUAAGGUGUGCAGACAGAUCGCUGCAGGGUAAGGAGGAGAGGGAGGAGGAGAAUGACUUCACACCUUCACAAUGUUCCCUGUAUACCUAAAGUGAAGCAGCGCAAACAUAACACACAUCUCUCUGUCUACCUGGAUGCCAGCAGGUAAGAGAAAUCUCUAAGAAGACAAUAGCACAAGUUACCAAAAGGAGAUCAAAAAAGGCAUUCAAGUAUAGGGAAUUCGGAUCCACCAAAGACACGGGGGACCUGUACAGAUCAACAGACCACCGGUUCUGUGGUCAUCAAAAGCCCAAGAAGACUCAACAAGAAAAAAAAAAAAAUCACGUUUAGAAAAGCUGGUGGAGAUGAUACCGUGACAGUAGACAGUAGGGUCAACGUUGCAGUACAGGGGUCAUUGUCAGAAAGGUCACAGUGAACCACACUAGAUAACCUCUCAGUAGAGGAGGUCGGCAGCACAAUCCCGGAAAUACAGUGGGAAAAACGCAACAGGAAGACCCAAAAGGACAAAUGGAUUGCCAACGGUGAAAAGUUGAAAGAAAUACCCAACAGGACAAAAAUAAAAAAAAUAAACAUUUUUGUUGGAGUACUGAAGAAGUAAGAAAAGUUUAAGUUGUGGGUUGUUCUUUCAACCACCCUUAAAAAUGUCAAUGAUCGUGGAGGCGACGGGAUUCUUCUUUGGGGUCAUAGGCUCCAUCAUGUUGGGCAUCGCGCUCUUCGACGCAAACUGGAGGGUGUCUUCGGAUGACGGAAGCGUGAUCAUCACCUCCGUCCUGUUUGAGAACCUGUGGAUGAGCUGUGCCACCGAUUCCACCGGAGUGUACAACUGCCGAGAAUUCCCGUCCUUGCUGGCUCUUUCAGGUCACCUGCAGGCUUUCCGGGCCCUGAUCAUAUCAUCGUUGAUUUUCGGCUUGUUCUCGUGUCUGUGUGGGAUGAUUGGACUGCAGUGUACGAAGGUCGCCGAGGGGAAUUCUGUACUGAAGGGCAAGUUUAUCACAGCAGCUGGAGCUAUAUCCAUAUUUUGCCGGUAUCUGUGCUGGGGUUUCCGUCUCUUGGUACGCGUUCAAUAUUACCAAGGACUUCUUCAACCCACUGUUCCCAGGAACCAAGUAUGAAAUUGGUCCGGCUCUUUACCUGGGCUGGUCCGGGUCUCUUCUAGAUGUGGUUGGUGGGUCACUAAUGUGCUGCUCAUAUAAAUCUCAGGUGGCCAAAGCCA